CUCGCUCUAUAAAUAUACACACCGCAGUUAAAACCGUAGUCUAGUCCACAAAACACACUCUUCAGACGCUGUCGUUUGACUAAAAGCAACCACCGAAACCAAAUCAACCAACCAUGUCGCUGCCACCUUGCUCCCGGGAGCAACUGGCCCAGUUCUUGGGCCCAAACACAACAAACGCCGCCGCUGCAGCAGCCGCAAUAUGCGACCAAUUCACCGCCGUAAGCCACAAGUUCACCGACACAGCCUUCGCCGUUGACAACACCUACCUUCUCUUCUCGGCGUACCUUGUGUUCUCUAUGCAGCUCGGCUUCGCCAUGCUCUGCGCCGGCUCGGUCCGCGCCAAGAACACUAUGAACAUCAUGCUUACCAACGUCCUCGACGCCGCCGCCGGUGGGCUCUUCUACUACCUCUUCGGCUUCGCCUUCGCGUUCGGCGCACCCUCCAACGGCUUCAUCGGCAAACACUUCUUCGGCCUCAAGGACGUUCCCACCGAAACCAUCGACUACAGCUACUUCCUCUACCAGUGGGCGUUCGCCAUAGCCGCCGCCGGCAUCACAAGCGGCUCCAUCGCCGAACGCACGCAGUUCGUGGCUUACCUCAUCUACUCCUCCUUCCUCACCGGCUUCGUCUACCCCGUCGUGUCUCACUGGUUCUGGUCCGGCGAUGGUUGGGCCUCCGCGACAAACACUGGCAACCUCCUCUUCUCCUCCGGCGUCAUCGACUUCGCCGGCUCCGGCGUCGUCCACAUGGUCGGCGGCGUGGCGGGUCUUUGGGGAGCCUUAAUUGAAGGUCCUAGAAUCGGAAGGUUCGACCAUAAUGGUCGAAGCGUUGCAUUACGUGGCCACAGCGCUUCUUUAGUUGUGCUUGGAACCUUCAUGCUUUGGUUCGGUUGGUACGGUUUUAACCCUGGCUCGUUCACCAAGAUUCUCAGCGCUUAUAGUUCUGGAAACUAUUAUGGUCAAUGGAGCGCUGUGGGAAGAACCGCUGUCACAACAACUUUGGCUGGGUCAACGGCAGCUUUGACCACGCUCUUCGGGAAACGGGUUAUAUCCGGUCAUUGGAAUGUUACCGAUGUGUGCAACGGUUUGUUAGGCGGUUUCGCUGCUAUAACUGCCGGUUGUUCGGUUGUGGAGCCGUGGGCUGCAAUCGUGUGCGGGUUCGUUGCUGCGCUGGUUUUGAUUGCGUGUAAUAAGUUGGCUGAGACGGUGCGUUAUGAUGAUCCAUUGGAGGCGGCGCAGUUGCACGGAGGGUGCGGCGCGUGGGGGGUGAUAUUCACGGCGCUGUUUGCGAAGGAGGAGUACGUGAACCAGGUUUACCCGGGUAAAGCGGGUCGACCCUAUGGGUUGUUUAUGGGUGGAGGAGGGAAGUUGUUGGCGGCGCACGUGAUUCAGGUUUUGGUUAUUACUGGGUGGGUUAGUGCAACGAUGGGGCCCUUGUUUUGGGCUUUGCAUAAGAUGAAGUUGCUUCGGAUCUCGGCGGAGGAUGAACUUGCGGGUAUGGAUCUGACCCGACAUGGUGGGUUUGCUUAUGCUUAUGAGGAUGAUGAGCACAAGCAUGGGACUCAGUUGAGGAGGAUUGAGCCUAACUCCUCUUCCACUCCCACCACAGAUGGUUGAUCAUAUCAUAUCUUUUCUUUUCUUUUUUCUUUUCCUUCUUUCUACCCCUCACCGAUGGGUUUUGCAACUUUUUACUGGUCGUACAUGGUUGAAUUGUAAAAGUACAAUUUUCUAUUGAAAGAUCCACGUUCAGGGUUUGGUGGGGUUGUUGUUGACUAAAGGCGCGUUGCCUUUGGACUUCUCACAUUGACAAAUGACAGUGAAGCGAAGCUAUUUCAUCUUUGUUUUUUCUUUUCUUUCUUUCUUUCACUCUAAUGGAAGGAAGAACCAUGGUUUAAUAUAUUGCAUGAUCCCGAGGCACGACGGAUGUACUUUUUGUUUUUAUCUUUUACGAAUUUGUGUAUAAUUAUGCAAGUUUUUAUUAUUAUUAUUAUUAUUGCUUCAGAGUGUCUUUACUCCUGCAAUUAAAAAUAUUAUAUAUAUAUAUUUAUUUAAAAUUCAAAUAUAUGGAUAAAUCAUUGUUUGAUAUAUAUGUAACUUCCUUUUUUACGUAAUUAUUUAUUUUUCUUAUAUUGAAUUUUCUAGGAUUUAAUUAAAAUAUACUGGUAGUGUGCUUAUUUUUUUAACAUCCGUUUAAUGACACGUGAAAAAGGAAAAUUUACAAAAAUAAAAUAUUUUAAAUAUAAAAUUACUUGUAUGUCUCAAAAUUAUUAU